ACUCGUCUUUUACUUAUUUGUAGAGGAGGAGGCAUCAGGGAACAUCCUCUGAUCUGAACUCAGUUUAGUGAACAAAAAGUCAUUUUUGUGUAUUUGUCCUCCAAAGAUGCUGUGGAUUCUGUUCUUCAUCUGUCUGACUGGUUCAUCCACAGAAAACUGCAACACACCAAACAUUAAGCUGACUGACAAGACAGCAUACCAAUCUACAACCUACGAUGGGUUACUAACAGAGUACCGUGCUGACAGAGCCUUUGAUGGGGAUCAAUCAACAUGUUCUUACACCCUGAAGCAGGCUAACUCCUGGUGGACUGUAGACCUGCAGGAUGUUUACAACAUCACCUGUAUCUCUAUUUGGAAUCGUGGCUAUUACCAUUUAGCUAGCUAUGCGGACAUAUCAGGUGCCAAGAUCUACAUCGGGAACUCUCGUCAGGAACCCUUCACCAAUAACAAGCUGGUCCAAACUAUGACAAACUUCAAAACUGGCCAGCUCAAUGUCUAUUGGUUUCCUCCAUCAGUGUUGGGGCGAUAUGUCACUGUGAUCAUACCAGAAGAAAAAUACAUGGCUCUGUGUGAAGUGAAAAUCACUGGAACAAAAAUGGUUUCACCUUUUCGACUGAUUAACCAAAACAAGACGUGGGAAGAAGCUCUGAACUACUGCAGGGAAAACCACACAGAUCUGGCCUCCAUCUUGGAUGAACACAUGCAGACGUUUGCUGUGCUGGAGGCUGAGAAAGCCAACAGUCCCUUCGUCUGGAUCGGACUUCACUACGCUGAUACGCUGGACUUUUGGUUCUGGGUCGAUGACAGUGCCGUAGAGUUUAAACACUGGGGUCCCAACGAACCAAAUAAAAACUGUGACACCAGUGGAGCCAUGGAGAAAGAAGGAAAGCAUUUGUGGUUUAGCAAGUCUGAACAUGAUAAGUUUAAUUUUAUCUGUGCUUUAACCUAAGAGCUGUGACUUAUGAGUUACCAUUGCUUUACUUUUACUGCAAAAUCAUGUUUUUGUUGUUGAAUCACUUAGCAUGUUUGUUUUACUAUAUUGUUCUAUAUUGUAGACCUUUUGUCUAAUCUCUGAGAUUUUUUGCGAUCUAUGUAAAUUUGACUAGUUAAUUUAGGAACUAUUGGAUAAACUAACUAUGUUCUCAUCCCUGGCAGAUUUAUUUA